AUGACCAUCCCUCAGUUGCCUGACUUCCAGACGAUGGAGAGUUGGACCCCUGGAACUGUCUGGUUCUUCUGGUGUGGAUUCGAGACGGCGGGUUCCGUGCCGGCUGUGGUCCAACCAGUGCUCAGCUGGGGACAAGACGAUCCCACUGGUUACGUGGGCUACGGAGGUUUCAGCCAUUAUGAGUGGCUCUUAUCCCUAUGGGAUGUCCCUGGAACCGACGGCCAAGAAGUCUUUCAGUCACCCGCCCUCUCGAUCAGUCCGGGAGACGAAUUAAACUUCGAAGUAUUCUUUUCGGGGACUCAAUGGAGACAGACGGCGAAAUGCGUGUCAGGAACCUGUGCCGGGCAAAACAUCACCCUCGAUGUUGCUUAUACCGACUUUGCCGCUAGCCCCACCGCCAACCUGCUUUUAUGCGAAUCCGAACUCUACGGCUCAUUGUCAAAUCAAUGGGAUUUUGACGUUACCUGGACCGCUGUUACCGCGAUUGCUUCCAACAACCAGAAUGUCGCCAACGCUUGCGUGCAAGCUGGAAGUGUCUCGGAUGGGAAUGGAUACGCCACUGUUUCUAAUCUGCAGGUCAGUUGGGACGAAAACCAGUGUCGUUGGGAUUCUAUCACUCUAUCCCCCCCUUGA